AUGGAUGCUUUCGAAAGACAGGAUUUUCAAGCUGCAAAAUACUAUGAUCUGCAUGGGCUUUGCUGCCAUUUCGCCUUUCAUAAUACUCCGUCUGAAAGAAGACUUUGCAUUAUACCAAACACCGAAACACUGCUUUCGAAGUUGAAUGGCCUUAAAUCUCCUUGUGUCAUCAACGUUAAAGCAAGUACUAUAUUUGAGUUUGGUACUAUCCCUGAUGAAUUUAUUCAUUGUAAAGCGGAGAGAAUGCUUUUAAUUUGGGAUUUUGAUGUGGAUCGUGUAUUGACAGAAAAUACGAGGGCUGUGGAUGCGGUUACUCCUGAUUUUGAUGACAUCGAAGAAACUCCGUUGCUUAAUAUCAACGCAGUAAGUUGCAAUUGUUCAAACUUUUAUCCCACUCAGAAAGUACUUCUACCUCCUUUAGAUAACACAUCUGAAUCAGGGAGCUCUCAAGCCUCUCAAGAACCAAGUGAAAGUAACGAAAACGAUUUUGGUCAUGAAAGAACAAAAAAUAGAGACAUUGAUGAUCAUCAUUGGUUCUCUGAUGAAUCUGAAGAAAGAGAUCUACUUGAGCAUUUGGCUGAACUAGAAAAUGCUGGAGAGGAGAAUGGGGAUGAACAAAGUAAAAGAAAUGAAACUGUCAAUGGGCAAAUUAGUAAUGAGGACAGUGAAGAAGAAAGUGAAGAAGUUGAAAGUGAUGAGGAAGAAAGCACUCAUGCUCUACCAUUCAAGUGCAUUGGAGCUGCUCAUGAACAAAGUUACCAACAUCAUCUGGAACAGGCAUAUCUUUCCCUUGAAUAUAAUGAAUCAGUAAAUGUUAGACUAAGACCAGAGCCGGAGAAUCCUCGGAACCAAAAUGCAAUUGCUAUUGAUCUUCAUUAUGGAACUCAAUGGGAAAAUGUUGGAUAUAUAGCUUCUGAACAUUGCAAGUACAUCCACUGA